AUAAUUUUGUCAAAUGGUCACACACAAGUAGCUACUUGUGUGUGACCAUCUGACAAAAUUAUAUGCCUAAAUUGUAUAAAAUAAAACUUCCUCCUUAUUUUAUGGUAUAAGUAAAAUAACUGUUUUUUUGCAAGUAUUUAAAACAUUUUUACGAUGAAGAAUUUUAUCGAGAACAUAGUAUAUAUAUUUUAUUUUAUCUUAUAUUUUUAACUGUUUUUUUUUCUGUUUUUUCGUAUGUAAACAGCAGAGCGCCAUUAGAAUAAAGUAUAUAAUAGUCAAAUUUUUUAAGAAUAUUUGAGAAACUUUUUCUGGGAAUUUUAAUUAUUUCAUGUGUUUAGUAUCUCAAUGGUCAGUGUGGAGCGCUUGGUCAAGUUGUAGCUCAACUUGUGGUAUUAUGCAAAGAACUCGUGUAUGUUCAAGCCUUUUAUUACUCAAUUGCAUCGGCAGCAACACAGAAUUAAUGUUCUGCAGCAGUCAAGAUAUUUUAAAUCUUUGGAGUGCUUGGUCAAGUUGCAGUACAUUAUGUGGUUAUGGAAUAAUGAAUAGAACAAGAGAGUAUUGUAUUUUCCCUGCUGGAGUUAUUGGCAAGGCUUUUGAUUCAGUGCCAUGCUUCAGUAACAGUUCAUGUGAAGAUUCAUUAAUCUUGUUAAAUGAAAUGUCUCUGCAAUCUGAUCAUCUUCUAUCAACUUUGAAUAAUUUUUUUGACGAAUUUGUAGUAUCAUUUGAUGUGUAUUUUAACAAAGCUAGUGGUCUUGGAAAUGUUUUGCAGAUAUUAGAUAAUUUUGGUAAAGAAUGCAUUGAUGUUACAUUUUUUUAUGGCAGUUUAAAUAUAUUUUCUGGCAUUAAAUUUGUGAGUUAUAAUAUUGGUUUAAAUUCAUGGAAUUCAAUUCAAAUUUCACAACUCUGCAAUAAUGGAAAUUAUUCUAAUACCAUAACUGUUAAUGAUACUGUUGUGUUUGCUGAUAUUAUACAGCCUAACAUAUUUUCCAAUAUUAGUGUGUUUACAUGCCUCGGUGUUUGCAUGACUGGUGCAAUGAUGAAGAAUUUUUCCCUAGUUAGUUAUACACAUGUUAUUUGGUCACAGUGGAGUGAAUGGUCAAAUUGUAACUUAUCCUUGAUUUCAACUAGAACUCGUAUUUGUAACAAAAAUCAAUGGAUAGAUUGUAUUGGAUUGAACACAGAGAUGAUUUCAUGCAACAUUUCAUAUAAUGCCUUAUGGACACCAUGGACGGUUUGGUCAAAUUGUAGUGUUUUAUCUGGCACAGCAUUUUCAAUGAGAACAAGAGAGUGUAAUAUAUCAAAUAGUGCAGAAAGCUGUUUUGGCAACAUCGCAGAAAUUAUUCCUUGUUCUUUAAAUAUAUCAAGUUUUGCCUUAUGGACACCAUGGACAGUUUGGUCAAAUUGUAGUGUUUUAUCUGGCACUGGAUUUUUAAUCAGAACAAGAGAGUGUAAUAUAUCAAAUAGUGCAGAAAACUGUUCUGGUAACAUCACAGAAGUUAUUCCUUGCUUUUCAAAUAUAUCAAGUUUUGCCUUAUGGACACCAUGGACGGUUUGGUCAAAUUGUAGUGUUUUAUCUGGCACUGGAUUUUCAAUCAGAACAAGAGAGUGUAAUAUAUCAAAUAGUGCAGAAAACUGUUCUGGCAAUAUUACAGAAGUUAUUCCUUGCUUUUCAAAUAUAACAAGUUUUGCUUUAUGGACACCAUGGAAAAUUUGGUCAAAUUGUAGUGUUUUAUCUGAAACUGGAUUUUUAAACAGAACAAGAGAGUGUAAUAUAUCAAAUAGUGCAGAAAACUGUUCUGGCAACAUCACAGAAUUUGUUCCUUGCUUUUCAAAUAUAUCAAAUUUAGCCUUAUGGAAUCUAUGGAGUGAUUGGUCAAAAUGCAAUGUUUCAUAUGGCUACAGGUUUUUAAGCAGAACAAGAGAGUGUAAUAUAUCAAAUGGUACCAAUAUGUGUUUUGGUAACAACACUGAAAUAGUUCCAUGUUAUUCCAAUAUAUCAAAUUACAAUUUAGAAGAAUGGGCAGUAUGGAGUGACUGUUCAGUAACAUGUGGCUUGGGCUUUAAAAAAAGUUAUUCUUUAAAGUAUACUGGAAAUGGUGUUUUUGAAAGGCUCCAAAGUUGUAUUGUAAUAAACUGUCCAGUUGAUGGACUAUGGAGUAAAUGGAAAGAGUUUGAAUGCUUACAAACCUUAUCAGGUGGAAUAAAAUUAUUCACAAGAAGUUGUGACAAUCCCUCUCCAGCAUAUUUUGGUCUAACUUGUAUGGGUGUAAGCAAUUAUACUCAAGAAUGUAGUAUAGCUGAAGUUUAUCCAGUAAAUGGUGGUUGGUCUCAAUGGUCUUCCUGGUCAUUGUGCACUCAACCAUGCCAAGGUGGUGUUCGAAGUAGAUUUCGGGACUGUUCCAUUCCAUUCCCUAAAUAUGGUGGACUUUAUUGUAAUGGAAGCACAAAAGAAACAAUUAGCUGUCCCAACCAUAAUUGCAAAAAACUUGCUGUUAAUCUGAUGGUAUUUUUACCUAAUGUGAAUUUUAUUGACCAAUAUUCUGAUCCAACAACUGAUCCCUCCCUAGCACUGAAAGACUUGAUCUACUCUAUGAUAGAAAAACUUCACACGAACAACAAAUUAAAUGUUUCGUUUUUUGUUGCACUGAAUUCUUUACAGGAACAACUUUAAAAAUGUCUAAUGAUGCAAGCAAGAAGAAUAUUAUUCAAUUCAUAGUUUUUUUAUUUGUGUAGUUAAAAUGAUUAUUGUUGAAAGUAUUUAUUUAUUUACUGUUGGAAGUUAAUAUUAAAAUAUUAACUUCCAACUAAAACAUUAAAACCAAC